UGUAGUAGUAAUAAAUCCGAACUGUCAAUGUCAAUCAAUUGUAUUGUGAAACUUAAAAAUUUUUGAAAAUUUGACAUACAAGUGAAAUUUCACAGGGCGGUACACAAAAUGUACCAAACUGCAUGUGGGGCCGCAGCUGCUGCCGCUGCCGGUGGUAGUUGCGUCGAACCAGAAAAAGAUCCACAGGGAUUAGUUUCACGAGAACCUGCACCUCCUGUAAAUACAGAACUUGAUUGUAGUGAUUUUGAUAUUGUUAAAGCGACACAGUACGGUGCCUUAGGACGCGUUAAAGAAUUAGUUGAAGCCGGUUUCAAUGUAAACGAACCAGACAAAGAAACAGUGACUUUACUGCAUUGGGCAGCUAUAAAUAAUAGACGUGAUAUAAUAUUGUACCUGAUUGAUAAAGGAGCUGUAGUAGAUGCUGUUGGAGGUGAAUUAAACGCAACGCCAUUACAUUGGGCAACACGACAGGGGCAUUUAAGUGCAGUGGUUUUAUUAUUAAAUUCCGGAGCAGAUCCAACAUUACGCGACGCAGAAGGAUGUUCUUGCAUUCAUUUAGCCGCACAAUUUGGACAUACACGAUUAGUUGCAUAUUUCAUUGCAAAAGGAGUUAGUGCGGAUUUGGGAGAUCGCGGUGGAAUGACUCCAUUAAUGUGGUCAUGUUGGAAGGUAUCUGCAAUUGAUCCUACACGUUUAUUAAUAACAUUGGGAGCAAGUACAAAAUUAGCAGAUAACGCUCAUGGAAACACAGCGUUGCAUUGGGCAAUAUUAGCACGGAAUGCACAAGCCAUAUCAACAUUAAUAUUUCAUGGAAAAGCAGCAAUCGAUAUACCAAAUCAUCGCGGAGACACGGCAAUUUCAAUGUUACAACCAUUCUUAGGGCAACCAUGGAUUCAACCAGAAAUUGUCGAAAUGGUAUUUGAAUAUCAGCAGGGAAAACAAAAACGAAAUUUUUGUAAAUGGGUUGUUUCAAAUAAGCGUUUCAAAUGGUGGUGUAUGGUUGGUAUGCCAUUUAUAUCAUUUUACAUUGCUGGUCUGAUUGUAUGUUCAAAUAUGUUAGCAAUAAUAAAAAUGUUUAUGUUAACAUGCAUGUAUAUAGUAUUACAUUUUACGGGCCAUAUAUUAUUCGAUAAUCGUUUUAUGACAUUAUUACCAAUCAGUGUAUAUUUUGCAACAAAAUUUUGGAUGUAUAGUACAUGGAUAUUUUAUGUAAUGCCGUGGGUCUCGUUUUUAACAAGUUUAAUAUUUUUAUCAAGUUCAGGAGCAUUAUGGUAUUGUUUUAUUAAAUCAUGGCUAGGUGAUCCUGGUGUUAUACGGAUUACACAAGAACAACGAUAUAGAGCUAUUAUAGAACUAGCUGAGCGUGGUGAAGGAGCUUUUGAACCAAGUAUCUUUUGUCCAUCAUGUUUAGUUCGACGUCCUUUAAGAUCAAAGCACUGCUCGAUGUGCAAUGUAUGUGUUGCUAAAUUUGAUCAUCAUUGUCCAUGGGUCGCAAAUUGUAUUGGCGCCAAUAAUCAUAGAGAAUUUAUUGGAUUUUUAACAUUUAUAACAUUGUUAUCUUUACAAUUUUUACGUGGUGCCAUAUUAACAUGGAGUGAAAAAUGUGGUAGUCUGCAUCCAUUAAACUACGAUACAUUAUCAAUGAUUGGGUCAUGUGAUCCAUGGUUAGCAUAUGUAUGUGUACAUGCAUUGUUACACGCAUUUUGGGUCACAAUGUUAUUAAGUUGUCAAUUAUAUCAGAUUGCCUGUUUAGGUAUGACAACAAACGAACGCAUGAAUCGUAAACGUUAUAUACAUUUCACGAGUGUUGGUGGUCGUUCACCUUUCUCUCGUGGUAUGUGCCGUAAUUUAGCUGAUUUCUUUGGUAUAAGUAUUUAUGGAUUUGUUAAAUCACAACGUAUCGAUUGGACCACUAGAUUUGAGUUGGAUAAAAAUAUUGAACAUCAGCCAUUAUUAAGACAUAAAGAUAAUUUUCAAUAUGUUUAAAUUUAUUAUAUCAUAAGUAUCCACAAUUAGACACAAAUUACCAAUAAUAUAUUUAUUAAAAUCACGAA